UACAUUUUGUUCCCUCAAGUAAUUUAUUUAAGACACAUCUUUCACAAAGAAAGAAAAUAGAAGAAGGAAGAAUCUACGUUUUUGGACCGGAUCAUGGAGAAAAAGGUGGCUUUGGUGAUGGCUUUGAUGUUGCUUAUGUCGGUGUUGGUUUCCGCCGAGGAAGCACCAACGAUCGGACAAAGGAUAGACUCAGCCACAACCGACUUUACCAAAUUCUUCAAUGAACAUGCCCGUCCUGCCGUGGACUCCGUCUCCUCUACCGUCAAAUCCGUCUACAACUGGUUUGGUGAUAAAGCUAAAGAAUGGGGACUCUAGAGAUUUGUCUAUGAGCGAAGAUGUUUGGAAAACAUUUUCAGCGAAUAAAGCUUGAUCUCCAUG